AUGCUCGUUUGGCAUAUAAGAACUCUCAGUACACGAAAUCAAAUUAUUAAAGCUGAAGAUGCAUAUAAAGAAAAAAUAAUAAAAAGCUUAAAUUUCCAUUCUGAAAAAGACGCUAUACCAUUUUAUAAUUUGCCUCAUAAAUCCCUGCUCCAAAUUUAUAACACUACUAAGAAAGACAAAGAUAGUGGUUUCUGUGAGAAUAGACUAUAUUACAUUGCCCAUAGAAUACAGUGCUCUCCUUCUACUUUAAGCAAACACAUUGUACGAAGAACUUUUUUGUAUAAACUAUCAUUUGAUUGGCUAGAAAGUUCCUUAAAUGUACUAUUAGAUAUGAAUGUUUCUGGAGACAGAAUACUUAGAGAUCUAUGGGUACUUAAAUAUCACCAUAAAACUAUACAGGAAAGAUUAUUACGUGUCAAAAAAGCCGGUAUUAAUAACCUUUAUCCAUGGAUGGUGAGGUGUUCUGAAGACAUAUUAAACAGGUUCAUUCAAAUAAGUCAGGAAACCAAAUCUAUCUUAGGGGAAUAUAAGUCAACUAAAAUUUAUCUUGCGAAGAGGUUGAAUACUUCACCAGAAGUUAUUGAAGAUAUAUAUUUAAAAAUACCAGCCCUCAAAACUAUCAGAGUUACAAAGGCCAAGAACUUUCUAGACUUUUUAAUUAGUGAAGGCUUUGAGGUAGAAGACAUUGCUAACAAACUAAGAAUAUUUUCAGCAUCUCAAAACACUGUCAAACAAAGGCUAGAAAAAUUAAGAAAAUUAGGAAUAAGUAAAAUUAAUUUAAAUGUUUUAUGUAGAAGCCGAAAAGAUUUUCAGAAAUAUUGUGAAUCCAUUGAAUCUAUUUCCAAAGAGCAA